AUGGAGCGACCUCCUUCGCGGUCUUCUUAUGGGCGAACCGCCUCUCGAUCUUCCACUAGUACCACCAACACCAGAGUCACUAUGCAUAGCACGAAUAGCUCGACUUCUCACGCACCUCAAUCCCCUCAACUAUCACACUCGCAACACUCACAGCACUCCCACCGAUUCUACCAUGCUGCUUGUCAACGACCUGCCAGCGCCACUCCGCGAACAUCGGCUCGAUUGACGCCGCGCCUAACGAGAGAAUCUAGCAGCGAAUCCACGCGCCAACCAGUUGUCUCAUCUUUCCUUCAGGAGAGGCUUCAGAAGGAGCGUCAGGCCGAGAGCGAAAAGGCAUCGUCAUGGUCACGAGCCAACACUGAAGCUAACUCUUCAGGCGAAUUCGGCCAGGUCAGCCAUGGCUCCCCUACUAAGCGUAGGGAGUCCGAUGUGCAUCGACCUCAGUCAGCCGCUGGUAGUGAGGCGUCUAAGAAGAAGGGGUUGGGGGUCAAGGACAUGGAGCAGGUCAUUUCUUCUCUUCACAAGCAGAACUUUGACCUCAAGUUGGAACUUUACCAUCGUCGGGAACGACAGACGGCAUUAGAAGACCAGAUCGAGAUCCUGGAAUCGGAAAAGAGAAGAGUCGAUGAGAUCAACGAUAACCUUGUUCAAGAGAUGGAGAAGCGUGACAAGGCCAUUGAGGAAGCAGUUGCCAUGAUUGUGACGCUCGAGGCCAGGCUUGAGCAGUUUGCCCAAGAGCGCGCCAUGGUUGAACAGAUCGAGGCCGAGGGACAGUACAUGGCGCCCGCGUACAACCCUUGCUACGAAGAUCCCGUACCCAAGUCUAAGUCGCCGGAACCCGUGAGACAAGGGGAUGGUGCUAAGGCCAUCACCCGGAUGCCGAGUUUCUUGUCUGAGCGGAGCGAGAACACCGAGAACUUGCGAAAUGUCUAUCUUGGAGCUAGAGGCAGUGUUCUCAGCCUCCCACAAGUACCCGAGGGCGAGGGGAACUUUGAGAAUGGCCCUGUGGGCAGCCCAAGUCUCAGCGUCUUGAGCGAGAGCUCUUUCGUGAGUGUGUACGGAAAGAAGGGACACGACACGAACGUUCCCCAGGAUGUGGAGGAGCCACUGUCCCUUGAUGGCGCUGAUGGUCUUUCGGCCAAGGUCGUUGCUAAGAGCAUUCACCGGCCAAAGACAUCUCUGGCCAAGUCCCCCAUGCCGCCAACUAACAGAUCAGGUCGGUCGAACUCGCUCACCAACAGCAAGCGUGGGCAGUUCGACUCUAUCAACAACGUUAUCAUCGAUCGGGGAUCUCCCCUCCAGCAGAUUGAGCGAGACUACUCUCAGAAGAAGGGAGAAGAACGACCUCAGAGCCGGGAUAAGGAUGGCGCCAGUCUCUUCAAUGGACGUGCUGCUAUGUCGCCUAACCAUCGACGUACCAAGGAGGAGAAGCGAGAGUCACUUCGAAAGGUUCUGACCGAUGCGCCUGGUGGCGUUCGACUGCAUGAUCAUGCUCUCCCACCAACACCCGAUACUAUCUCAACCUCGACACUGCGACGGUUCCAGAACUCCAAUGAUACCUUGUCAAAGCAUCCUACGAUGAGACGAAGCCGUAGUGGUCUGUCAGAUGCAUCCGACGACGAAAAGGCGGAUGCGCACUCGGGUGCUCGUCUUGAGCAGCCUUCGCAUGUUGUCAAGGCUUCAGCUAAGAUCAUUGAACUGAACAACAGCGCAUAUCUGGAGAACCGCGGCAGAUCGAUCCAGCGUCCUCGUUCUGCUGAUGAGACGACUGUAUCUAACCGAAGAGGAAACGACUGGGACUCCGACUCUGAUGACACGGACGUCGAGUCUCUCGAGUCGAGCCUUGAUAUUUGGAUGCGCGAGAGCGCCAAACCGAAUAGAAACAGAAACGGCGGACGCAUCUCGCCCGAUCUCUUUAGCUUCCCGUCUGGCGGAGCCAAGGGCGGCUGGGCGAUGGAUGCCAUGUUUGGACCUGGCAACGGCUACUCUGGAGGCGUUAGCACUGGCGCUGAUCCACAGAGAGUCAUGGACUUGUUCGCUGUUCAGCAGGAAUUGUUCUCAUCGUCGAUUCCUCCGCCGCCGCCUAACAGGCGGUCCAGCCUUAAUGCCCAGACUGCAGCCAACUCCAAGGCUGCUUUCCUGUCGAAGCCAUUGGUCAACGCCAAGGUCUCCAAGCCAGGUCGCCGAAGCCGUCACCAGAGGAGAAACAGCGAUGAUAUCCAGAUCAGAGCAGAGAUGCAGACUCCGGUGCAGCCACUCCAGCCAGCGCCACCGGUCGGCGAACAGAAGAAGAACCAUUACCCACCAAUCACGGGACAGCAAGCUGUCCGCAAUGGACUUACAAAGCUUUUCCGGCGAUCGAUUGGAGCAGGAUCUUCCAACUCCGCACCGGCACCGGCGCCGGCAGCGGCCCCAACUUCGGACGCGGCUCCUGUUGAGCAGACCAGCGCCGAACACCCCAACAUUAAUGGUGCGACGGGGGUUCCACCGUGGAUGACUCGGACUGGAGUAGUGGAUGAUGACCGCGACAGCGCAACGCCUCCACCGAUUAUGCGGAACCCUCGCCACGGCCGACAUGUCUCUGUUGAACUGAGCAUGGCGGACGACUCGAUCUUGAGUCAGGAGUCGGCAGCACCGGGUACGCCGUUGACAGCGGCUCCCGCGUAUGACAAGGGGACUCCCGAGUACAUUGCGGGCAGCCCCAGAGUGGCCUCGGCAGGGCCCAGGAGAAAGUGGUUGCCAGGAUUUGGAAGGGCGGCGGGAAAGAACAAGAGUUAG